AUGCGCUCUGCCCCAAUCUCUGUCGGCCGUUUGCUGGCUAUGCCUCUGCCACAGGGUGACGUGACCGCCUUGUUCCUGGGGCCUCCGGGCUCAGGAAAGUCUGCGCUGAUCUCAGCACUGUGCGACAAGGAUAUCGAGACGUUAGAAACCCACGAGGGACGUCCAGACUCCGGGGUCCCCAGCCUGAGAGCUGCUGGCCCAGGCCUCUUUCUGGGCGAGCUGAGCUGCCCGCCUGCAGCACCAGGGCCCUGGGCAGCGGAGGCCAACGUUUUGGUCCUGGUGCUACCCGGAUCCGAUGGUAACGGGGAACCCUUGGCCCCAGCGUUGGGAGAGGCAGCGCGGGCUGCCCUGGCCCGAGGGACUCCGCUCCUGGCUGUGCGAAUCCUCCGUCCUGGGGAUUCACAAAAUGACACCCAGGCCCGGGAUCAGACAGCAGCUCUGCUGGACAGCGCAGGGUUAGGAUCCGCGGCUCUCUACGUGGUACCGGCCGAUUGCAGCAGCAGUGAAAGCUGCGAGGAGCUAGAGCGCCUGCGGACUGCGCUGCAGAGCCAGGCGGAGACACUACAGAGGCUCUUGCCACCAGCCCAGGAUGGUUUUGAGGUGCUGGGUGCCGCGGAGCUGGAGGCCGUACGUGAGGCCUUUGAGACUGGUGGCCUGGAGGCAGCACUGUCUUGGGUGCGGGCAGGCAUAGAGCGCCUAGGCAGCGCGCGCCUGGACCUCGCUGUAGCCGGCGCUGCUGACAUGGGUCUUGUCCUGAACGUGCUGCUUGGAUUGGAUCCUGGUGACCCAGGUGCUGUGCCUGUUUUGGUGCCCACUGGGGCCACUCCCUUCCCAGCCCCAGAGCGCCCCAAUGUGGUGCUCUGGGCUGUGCCUCUGGCCCCUGUGGGCACUACCACUGUUGCCUCUCACCCGGCCCACUACGAUGCCCUUAUCCUCGUCACCCCCGGAGUCCCCACUGAGAAAGAUUGGGCCCAGGUCCGGGCCUUGGUGCCACCAGAUGCGCCACUUGCCUGCGUGAGAACAGACGGUGAAGGCGAGGAUCCAGAGUCUCUGGAAGAAGAGAGCACGGUGGAGAAACCCAACAGCAAGAGCUUCGAGAACGCAGGCAGAGGGGAUGCGGAGAAUGCCCUCACUGAGGGAAGGGAGAGAUGUGGCACUGGGUCGCAGAAAGCAGGCAGUGGGGAAGGUUCUGAGAAAUCUGGCAGCGAGAAUGUGCAGCACAUUGUUGUUGGCGCCAAGAAAUCAGGCAGUGGGGAUUCAGAGCUGGGAGCAGCGGCUUUGAGUCCAGAUGAGACAUGGGAGGUGCUAGAGGAGUCACCACCGCCAGUGUUCCCUCUGCGUUUGAGUGGACUUCCGGGGCUGUGCGAAUGGCUGCAGCAAGCGCUCCCCUCUGCCCAGGCUGGGGCGCUGCUGCUAGCGCUGCCACCAGCGUCUCCCACUGCUGCCCGAAAGAAGGCUGCGGCGCUCCGGGCUGGAGCAUGGAGGCCAGCUCUGCUGGCUAGUUUGGCAGCGGCGGCAGCACCAGUUCCAGGGCUAGGCUGGGCAUGCGAUGUGGCCCUUCUGCGGGGUCAGCUGGCAGAGUGGCGGCGGGCAAUGGGGCUGGAACCUGGGGCGCUAGCACGGCGUGAGCGUGCCCUAGGCCUGGCUCCUGGGGAGCUGGCAGCGCGUACGCAUUUCCCAGGGCCAGUGACACGCAGUGAAGUGGAAGCGAGGCUGAGUGCCUGGGCUGGAGAGGGCACUGCUGGGGGCGCGGCCCUUGGCGCACUCUCUUUCCUGUGGCCUGCGGGUGGCGCCGCAGCGACCGGUGGCCUAGGCUAUCGUGCUGCUCACGGGGUUCUCUUGCAAGCCCUGGAGGAAAUGCUGGCAGAUGCUGAGGCCGUGCUGGAACCCCCUGAGCCCGCCCAGUGAGAGAUGGGAUGCGGGUCUGGGCUUCCCCAAGUAGAGUGAAGGAGGCUUAGGAGUCCAGACCGUGGCGUGGGAUGUCGGGACUUCUGCGAUAGGAGUGGAGAGACUCACUCAGAAUCCUGGGUACUUCAAAGAGCUCUAUUUUACUUCUGGUUGGCAUUUGUGGCUUCUCAUCAGCUGGAUUGUGGUUCCUCACCGGGACGUAGAAUCUGGGGGACAGGACUCCUGAUUUCUCUCGGAACCAGAAGACACAAUAUCUAGUCUCUUAUGUCCAAACGGAGUUGGCCUGAACUCUAGAAGUGGCUAUGUCUUGGUCUUCUAGGGAAUAGAAGUGAGUAAUUGGAUGUCUUGUCUCUCAGGGGAGAGGGGGUAGAAGCCCUAUUUCCUAAAAGGGUUUACUAUGACUGUUACCUCAACUCCAGCACGGGGAAAAGGCCUGCACGCAGACUCCCCGGUCCCCAAGGAGCAGUAGCCUUUGAAUCUUUAUUGAGGAGUACCUGGGAUCUCAGACUCCUGGCUCCCAAGAGGGCUAUGGACCUUGGUUCCUAGUUCUUGGGUGGUGGGAGGUCUACAUCUAGAAAAGGGAUCAAGGGGCUUUGGGGGAAAAGUUGGAGACCUCUUGCUCUCUCUUGGGGAGUAGAAAGGUGUCAACUCUGCAAAAGUCUGGUUGUAGGGAGGAUAGUCCAACAAAAAUGAGAGGAAGUAAGAGGUUUGGGCAUGGUGGGCCUGGGGUAGCCAGGGACUGGGAUUGAGGCUUUCUGGGUAUGAAAGGGUGGAAAACCAUACCUCAGAAAUUAUCUUCACAAAUCUUAUAUUUGGAUUCUGGCAGUUGCCUCUCUGUGAGUUUGACUGGGAAGGGAUGUGAUGACCUUCAUUUUAUAGGUGCUGAGUGAUUCAGUGGUCUCUGGGGAGUAUGUUCCUCUGUUCCUCUUUCCUUUAGGGGUCUUAAAUUUUUUUUCUUUAUUUUAAUCUUGGUUUUGCAUGUCAUUAAACCAUAACCCAUUCUGGCCUUGGUGUUUUGAGCACCUGACCUUUUGGAAAAGCAGCAGCACUGCUGCACUGGUCCAAACAUUUUUGUGUGGCUACCUCAGGUAUCCUCAGGAGGCUUGGCCUUCUGGUGUACACAGUGGGUGCUGCAGUGAGCAAAGGUCCCACAGAAUGGCUGGGUGGUCUUCCAGAUCAUAGUAAUGUGCCAAAAGUGAGGCAAAGGCAGAAACUGUAGUGCCUGGAAUGUUCUAGGCUGCCAGCUACAUACAGGGGGAAAACUGCAGGUUAUAGAAUUCUUCAAUGUCAGAAACAUAAAGGAAGGCCUGAGAUGCCAUGAAAGAGAAUCUCUUUUGUCAUAGAUGGGGAAAAUAAAGUCCAGAGAGGGCAGGCUCAAGA